UUGAUUGUUUUAUUCGCCGGGUACUUCGUGUUAUUUGGCCUUGUACCAAAAUUUCACUUCAGACUACUAUAACCCAGUGUUGCUCACAAGCGGAUGUCGUUUCAUUGACACGUAGUGGGACAGGUUCAGUUAUUUAAGCGUUUAUAAGGACGACUCUUCCCCCUGUCCUUCAUGCGUAACCUCUGAACAGCUCAUGCGGUGUUCACAUUAGCUCUGAACAGCGAACUAGCUAAUGUCAAGAUGUCUUCUUAUGAAGAUAAUGAGUCCAAGUUCAUGCGAAAAGCAAAGGAGAAUCCAUUCGUCCCAGUGGGAAUGGCUGGAUUCUUCGCCAUAGUUGGCUGGAGAUUGCUAAAAAUGAAAAGUCGGGGAGAUACAAAAAUGUCAGUCCACCUGAUCCACAUGCGUGUAGCUGCCCAAGGCUUCGUGGUUGGAGCAAUGACUCUUGGUGUCAUCUACAGCAUGUACAGAGACUUUGUCGUUAAACCCAGAGAAGAACAGAAAGCAAUACAACCCAAGUGAACAUGGACUUACACUGAUAUGUUAUCUUCCUUAAUAUUACCUCAUAUUAAGGUGUAUAGAGCUUUUGUUUUUAGAGAUGUGUCAAAAUCUUUGUGUGUACACAUCCAUUCAGCACCUCUCUUCCACUGUAAAUAGUUGUAAUUUAUUGAUUACAAUUACCUUCUUAUAACUACGACACCAGAGGGGAAAGCUUCUGCAUUGAGGAGGAGGACUGAUUUCAGCUGUUUUAAUGCUGGCCGCACUUGAUGUGUCUGCGGUUGUAAACCCAGGUGAUCUGAUUUCAGUGUGCUGAUAGUUUUGUUACCUUUUAUUUUAAUUAUUUGAAUGAUGUGUGAGUGAAAUAUCAAAAGCUAGAAAAAGUUGGGGCUGACCUUUUCUGUCAUCGUUUUAGCGUCUCUUACCAGCUUCUGUAUUCUUUUAAGCACUAGUAUACAUUUGCCAAAUUGUAAAUGGUUGCACCUUAGCCCCAUCUUUUUCUUUUGAAAAAUGGGCACCCCAGUGCAUAAGGGGCAUGACAAGAAUGACAGACAGGGCCUUUCCUUCCAUCUUUAUUUAACGGAACAGACACAAAUGGGUUUGACUGGUGUAAGACUAUCCCACAAAAAAAGUAAUAUACAAAUUAAUCACAUGGAAAUCGGAAUAAUGGGCAGUUUUCAAAACAGCCUUUAUACAAAUUCAUGCUAAAGGCCAAGUCUUUUUUUUUUUUUUUACACCUGGGUCCAAUGUUGCAUUACAGCCCUUCCAAAGUCGUCAUGAUGCUAAACUCAGAGGUACUCCAACAGACUGUGCAGUAACCUAUUUAUUAUCAUACAGCCCAUCCUGUGAAAUGCCGAAAUAGAUGCCUUGUUAAGUUAUUCAUGAUGUGUUGGAUGUUGUGUGCAAAACAGCGUUUUUUUUUUCUUUUUAAUUGGAAAUCUGAAAAUAAAAAUCACUGGACUAGUAAUUAUGAAGUUCUGUUUUAGCUCUGAAACCUCCAAGUUGCAAUGAAAAUGUGUUUUAUCUGAUGUAGCUUAUUUUGAGCAAAUGGCGAUAUACACUCAGCUGCUUGUUUAUCAUGUACACAAGUCUGUAUUAAAAGUCGAUACCUAA